UUUCUUUUUGUUGGGGUUUUUGCCUUUUUAGCUUUUUGCUUCACUUGAAUAUUAUCUCUUAGCAUCUCCUCACACUCUUUAUCUCUCACCUAUCUAUCUACUUACAUAUUCACACACAAAGAGAUUUAUUUCUUUGCUUCUUAAAAUUUAUACAUGAUGAAGAAAGUGUAUUAAUGGUGUGGUGGUGAAUUUGAUGCAGCAAUAAUACCAUAUAUAUUUCUAUGAUGGAGUCAUGUGUCCCACCUGGAUUUCGGUUCCACCCAACGGAUGGAGAGCUUGUUGGUUAUUAUCUAAGAAAGAAAGUAGCUUCUCACAAGAUUGAUCUUGAUGUUAUCAAAGAGAUCGAUCUAUAUCGUAUUGAACCCUGGGAUCUCCAAGAGAGAUGUAGAAUUGGGAAUGAGGAGCAACAUGAGUGGUAUUUUUUUAGUCACAAAGAUAAGAAAUAUCCAACAGGGACGAGAACGAAUAGAGCUACAAUGGCAGGGUUCUGGAAAGCAACCGGAAGAGAUAAGUCGGUGUAUGAACGAACAAAACUGAUUGGAAUGAGGAAGACACUCGUUUUCUACAAAGGAAGAGCACCUAAUGGACAGAAAACUGAUUGGAUCAUGCAUGAAUAUAGGCUUGAAACAGUUGAAAAUGCACCUCCACAGGAAGAAGGUUGGGUUGUGUGCAAAGCAUUCAAGAAAAAAACAAGUGUCCAAGCAAAAACAAAUGAAAGAUGGGAUCCAAGCCACUUACAUGAUGAACAAACAAGUAGCAUCAUCUCAAGGGUGGACCCUAUUGACCUCAUCUUAAGACAACCACAGAGGAUUUCAGCUCAAAAUUUCAUGUACAAACAAGAGAUAGAAGCAGAAGCAGAUACCUUAUUAAGGUUCAUGCAUUCAGAACAAUUGGUACCUCUUCCUCAACUACAAAGUCCCUCUUUAACAAAGAGGCAAAACUCAAUGCCAAUAAUAUCAGAGAAAGUGACUGAUUGGAGGGAUCUUGACAAGUUUGUGGCUUCUCAGUUGAGUCAAGAAGAUCAUAGGCAUGAAACAAGCUCAGACAUGUCAUUGUUCCUACUUCAGAGUAGUAAGGAUGAUGAAGAGAACAAGUUAAGCUCAUUUUUAACUACAAGGUCAGAUUGUGACAUUGGAAUAUGUGUAUUUGAAAAUUAAAUGCAUGUAGAAGGGACUAACUUUGUUGCAUUUGUAGUAUCUAUAUGAAUAUGAAUGUUUGAUGGAUGCUUUGAGGAUGAUAUAUAAUAAUAAUAUUAUGGU